AUGGGAGUGAAAGUCAGUAAGUUGAGAACGAUCGUGGGACUAAAGGGUAUCAUGAGAAUACGGGAACGGGAUGCUCCAUUGACACCAAAAGGCUAUAUUCCGAUUUCAGUUGGUUUGAAUGAUGAGAACAAACGGUUUAUGGUUCACACGGCAGCCCUCAGGGACGCAGAUUUCUUGGAGCUUUUGUGUGUUUCAGCUGAAGAAUAUGGUUUCUGUAAUGAAGGCAUUCUCAAGAUUCGAUAUGAAGCUAAAGCUUUCGAGGAUUGGUUGGUUAAAGGUGCCAAGCAGAAAGUGUUUAGGGUCGUCAGACCAACCUAG